ACAACUGAUCAGAUCAUCAGAGAGCAAAAGCAAAGAAAAAGAAAAAAUGGGAAACAGAGUUCUGGGCUUUGGGGUUCUUCUGCUUGUGAUGUGGUAUGGAGUUUCAGUGGCUGUGGGGUACACUGGAGACCCAGAUGAAGAUUGGGGGAGAAAGAAGGAAGAGAGAGAAGGGAGGCCAGGAAGUGGUGACAUGAGGAGGCCAGAGUAUGAGAAACCAGAAUCAGAAAAAGAAGAUUGGUAUUUGCUGCCACACUCAAGGCAAGUAGUGAAAACUGAAGCAGGGGAGAUGAGUGUUGUGAUGAGGGUGGGAGGGAGAGUUGUUGAUAAGCCAAUGCAUAUUGGGUUUAUUACAAUGGAGCCCAAGUCCCUCUUCAUCCCUCAGUAUCUUGACUCAAACCUCGUCCUCUUUGUCCGCAGAGGGGAAGCAAAGGUGGGUUUGAUUUACAGAGAUGAACUGGGGGAGAGGAGAUUGAAAUCUGGGGAUGUUUAUAGAAUUCCAGCUGGUUCUCCAUUUUACUUGGUGAAUACAGGGGAAGGACAGAGGCUUCAUAUCAUCUGCAGCCUUGACACAUCUGAGAGCUUGGGGCUUGGUUCUAUGCAGUCUUUCUUCAUUGGUGGAGGAAGCAACCCACAAUCUGUACUUGCUGGAUUUGACCAUGACAUACUCACAAAUGCCUUCAAUGUCUCAUCAUCAGAACUAAUGGAGGUGUUAACAAGUCAGCAAAAGGGUCCAAUUGUGUAUUUGAGUGAUUCUCAUUCACCAAACCUCUGGGCAAAAUUCCUCCAGCUGAAAGAGCAAGACAGGCUCCAAGAAAUGAAGAAAAUGGUUGACUUCCAACAAGAACCUGAUCAUCAUCAAGACCAAACACAAACAUGGUCAUGGAGGAAGCUCUUGAACUCGGUGUUUGGAGCCGGUUCAGAUGACAAUAAGAAGAGGGCAGAAGACUAUGACAAGGGAAAAGGAAAAGCACCACACUCUUACAACCUCUACGAUCGAAAACCCGACUUCCGAAACAACUACGGAUGGAGCAUGGAGCUUGACGAAUCGGAUUAUGCGCCAUUGAAAGACUCCGGCGUAGGUGUCUACCUUGUCAACCUCACCGCAGGGGCUAUGAUGGCUCCGCAUGUGAACCCGACAGCAACAGAGUACGGCAUUGUGUUGAGAGGCUCUGGGACAAUACAGAUUGUGUUCCCAAAUGGGACAUCGGCAAUGAACACCAAUGUACAAGACGGUGAUGUGUUUUGGGUGCCGAGGUACUUCCCAUUCUGUCAAAUUGCAUCAAGAAGCGGGGCGCUUGAGUUCUUUGGAUUCACAACCUCGGCAAGGAAGAACAGGCCUCAGUUUUUGGCUGGUGCUAGCUCUGUUCUUCAGACAAUCAGAGGACCUGAGCUUGCAGCUGCUUUCGGUGUGAGUGAGGAUCGGUUGAGAAAGUUUAUUGAUGCUCAGCGCGAGGCGGUGAUCUUGCCUUCGGCACAAGCAGCACCGCCAUACAAGGAGGACAGGCAGCAACCAAGGGAGGAAGAUGAGAAGAAACAGCCAAGGGAGGGAGAUGAGAGGAAGCAACCAAAGGGGGAUGACAGGGGGACAUUUGAGAGGGUGCCAGAAGUGAUCAAGAGUUUUGGAACUGACAUGUUUAUGGGUUUUGAUUAA